AUGAACUACGUCCAACUGGAGAAGCUUGGCGAAGGCACCUAUGCCACUGUGUACAAGGGGCGUUCGCGACUUACGAAUGAGAUUGUCGCACUCAAGGAUAUUCACCUAGACGCUGAGGAAGGCACGCCCUCGACGGCCAUCCGUGAGAUUUCGCUUAUGAAGGAGCUGCGUCACACGAAUGUCGUCCGUUUGCAUGACGUGAUCCACACGGAGUCGAAGCUCAUGCUGGUCUUUGAGUUUAUGGAGCAGGAUUUGAAGCGAUAUAUGGAUACGCACGGCAACCGCGGUGCCCUGGAUCCCGUCACUGUCCGCAGCUUCACGUUCCAGUUGCUAAAGGGCACGGCGUUCUGCCACGAGAAUCGUGUGUUGCAUCGCGACCUGAAACCGCAGAACUUACUGAUCAACAAGCGUGGGGAGCUUAAACUAGCAGACUUUGGCCUGGCGCGGGCAUUUGGCAUCCCAGUCAAUACGUUCAGCAACGAAGUCGUGACCCUGUGGUACCGUGCACCGGAUGUGUUGCUGGGCAGCCGCACGUACUCGACGAGUAUUGACGUGUGGUCUGCCGGAUGCAUUAUGGCAGAGAUGAUCAGCGGUGUCCCGCUCUUCCGCGGACGCGACAACAAUGAUCAGCUCAUGCAGAUCAUCCGCAUUCUGGGCACGCCCGACGAGCAUACCAUCAAGCGGAUCUUGCAAGAGUCGCCAGAGAUCCAGUACCGUCCGCUGCCCCGGCUGCCCAAGGUGCCAUUCCAGACCAUCUUUCCCAAAGUACACCCGCUUGCCAUCGACUUGUUGGAAAAGCUGCUGCAAUUCGAUCCAUCCCAGCGCCUGAGCGCUGACGAGGCACUGCGGCAUCCUUACUUUACCACAAGCCAGGCGAUUUCUAAUGCCCCCGAGCUAUCGUAA